UCAUGUCACUGUAAGCACGUACACAACACUGCACAACAAAGCAAAACCCAGGGUCCAGAAACACUUUAAAACAACACGUCCCAUUGUAAUGCCGCCAGCAGAACACCAAUCCUUGGCCUUCUUAAAACCGCUUCCCAGUACAAGUACUGCGCAACUGUAUUCAAACCACUGGCAAAAAACUUACAUGCCCUAAAAAUAUAUAUAUGCAUGUCUGUCUCAAAUACAACUCAAACAAAAUAGAUCUCAUUUACUACUUUAAUUCUCAAAAUGAAUUCCCUUGCAGUUUCCCCCUGUGAAAGAUUUGUGCAGGAACUUUCUCUGAGUAAAAACCCUUGCAGUGGUAGUAUUACGUCUGCUAGAAAUUUCAGAAGCAAGAAUUAUGUUAAAUAUGGUAGAAUUUGUAGCAGAAGAAUCGGAUCGAUCCUAUCUGCUGCCAGAACAGCGGCAGCGCCCCGUGAGGGUUGCAGCGAAGGCGCUAGGGCUGGAAAUCUGUAUGAAAUUCUUGGGGUAAGCACAAGAGCAUGUGCAGAGGAAAUCAAAGCGGCAUACAGAAAGCUUGCUCGAAGAUUUCAUCCGGAUGCCGCUUCUUCUGAUGCUAAAGUAACAAGCGCUCGGAAAUUUUUGUGCAUACAUGACGCUUACGCCCUGCUUUCGGAUCCGGAAGCCCGGGCUGAAUAUGACCGUCGGCUGUCUGCUCGGCCUCAGUUUCUCACUUAUGGUAAUGGCUAUGCUAGGGUUUACCAGGAAGAGCCUCUGUAUAGGUAUGCUGUGUGUAAUUACAGAAAAGGGAGGAAUUGGGAAUCGGACCAAUGCUGGUGAUCUGUAAACAAAGACAUCCGUUUUUCCGCAAUUCAUAUUUAUGGAUUCAAUUGUGUCAAUUUAUUUUGUAUUGAUUUUUGACAUCUUCUUUGUGUCAAUUUAAUUUGCAUGAACAUUUUGAAUCUUCCCCAAGUCUAUCAUCAGAUCAUCAAAGAUAAAGGGAUGAAAAUUAGAGCGGUAAAAAAAGGUAGAGUUGGAAUAUAGUGGACAAUGGGUAAUUAUCUCCUGAUCUGAAUUUUGAUAGAGUUGUAUAUUUUUUCUUUGUUGAAAGUGUGGUCUUUCUUGUUUUUUUGUUUGAAUAAAUUUUUACCCCUCUUUUAGUAAAAUUUCAAGUUGUUCAUUCUUUUCUUUGAGUUUGUGAGAAGUGAAGUCUCUUUUUCCAGUGUGUCCAUACUUCUCUUUGAGUUUAUGAGUUGAACAAAAUUUCAUCUUUUAGAAGUCUUUUUUUGAGAAAGUCUAUUAUUUCUUUGAGUUUGUGAGUGAAACGGAAUAUUUAUCUUUUGAAGUGAAGUCUUUUCUUUAAGUUUGUGAUUGAAGUAAAAUGUCCAUCCUUUGAAAUGGAUCCUCUUUGGUUUAUAACUAUUUUAUUAUCAAGGAAUAUGCAUUUAAAUUGAAGUUUUGUUUUUUAAUUAGAGUGUUAGAAGUGGGAGAUUUAGUUUGUAAAAGCCGCUCCCUAGAUCAUAUGUGAUCAUAUAUUUCAUGGGGUUUCAACAACAAAGAUUUUGAUUUCUCAUAAAA